GAGAAGGUAGAUUCAGGCGUGAUAUGCAAAAAGCGUGGAUUUUUAUCAACUUGCCAGUUUAUUCUAUGCUAACGUCAGCGAAUGAAUGGCAGUGGUUAGAUCUGAACAAAAAUAGGUUGCAUGCGUAGGAAAGAGCUGCUUUAACCAUAGGGUUGAGAAGGAGCUCAAAACAGCUAAAGAAAAAUAAUGGUAUACUGGAACAAUCGAAAUAUCCGUAACAAAUGGAUAUUAUGGGAUAUAAUCAUACCAACUUGUUUCUUCGGAAUUAUAACCCGCAAUGACGCAAGUAAUACUGCGCAGAAGGACUCAUACCAACACAUACGGAGCAGUUUGUGAAUUGCGCGCAGAACAAAACUGUUUGGUCCACCGAAUAGAAAUGCUGGAAGCCGUUAUUUUGAAGCUCCAGGAGCAAUUGCGUGUCUUGCCUGGAAUUGUGCGUGCUGCUAUCUCGCAGCAACAGUACUCUUGUGCAAAGCAUACCAACAGCCGCAAUAUAGAGACUUCACUCAUCAACGAUACUGGUACUCCCGAAGUCGAAGUCAACUAGCCACAGUGCAAUAAGAUUGGCAACCAUUGUCCGACAGGAUUCAUUUUAUCCCAACAACUCAGUUACCCUAUUGAAUCAGUAGAUUUUGAACUACAUAUGCGGCCAUAUCUUUAGACGAACUGAAGAAUAUGCAUCCUCCGGAUCAACGUCCCUCGUGAAGCAUGGCAUUUUGAAGAUCACGAGCUCUCCUGUAGAAAGAACCUGUUCACUUCGCUGUACAUGCAUCAGUCUGCCUUUCAUCCAAUCUACUGGCCUUAUUUGACCAAUCAUUUUUCCGUUCUUGAUGAUCCCACUAUCGUUCAUUCUCAGCCCUUCUGCAGCUGAGCACAGGUAAAUUAUCUGCUCAGUGCUUUACCCCUCAUUUAUUUCAAACUGUUUUACUCAUGGAUCACAACCCCUUUGUUACUGGUGUCAAGAAAUGUUAAAAUAAACGUCCUCC